CAAGAACCCAGCCGUCACGACUCGUGAAAUCAAAAGUCGCGUUCAGCACCCUCCUCUUCCUGGACACGGCCCGGCGCUCUUGACCUCGCAAACCACAUCAUUCUAUCACGCGCAUCGCGAAUCCAAGUCUUUACGCCCCUCACCAUUACAUUUGAAUGCCCGUCCACCAUCCCGUCCCGCCUCUUCCGACGCAAAAGCCUGGGCAGACCUGAACCCGCCACAUUCCCCCCAAGCGUCUUCAUCAGUCACACCAACCGAUAUUUCUCGUUUUCAAGCCAUUCUGACAUCGACAAAUCCCAGUCACGUCUCUGCAAGGAUGGGCAAUGACCAAGCCAGCACAAUGAAGCCCUCGUGCGAUGCCUCCUCUGCAGGCGGUGCUAGCGCUAUUCCUCGCUCUCCCUCCUCCGCUGCCGGCAAACUCCUCUUGGCCCCCUCAGGCCCGGACGACGAAAAUUUGCUCGCCCCCUACACACAAGACUGGACUCACAAGUGGAAAGCUCCCCAGUGCCCAGCGGUCCUUCAACCCCGCACGACCGAGCAGGUGGCGGGGCUCCUGCGGCAUUGCUAUGAGAGAGACCUCCACGUGGUCCCUCAGGGCGGAAACACGGGUCUGGUCGGGGGCGGGAUCCCC